AUGAGCCAAACAGGAGUAUUGUGUUCCCAGUGGGGGGCUGGUGUGGAGAAGGCAAUAUGUGAUCAGCUCGAGGCCCUCAUGGUUACACAACUGUCGAGUUCAACGACAAGUGAGUCCAGCUCUAGUGUCGGCAGCUCGACCGACCUUGGAUUCUCGCUGGCCUCUCACAACGACCGAAAGGGAGGGCCAGUGCGGCUGUCCAUCGCCCCAAUGGUGGAUGUGUCCGAUCGGGAUUUCCGUAUGUUCAUGCGGCUCCUAAGCAGCAAAUGCGAGGUGUGGACAGAGAUGCUGGUAGACCAGGCCUUGGUCCAUAACGAGGAUAUCCCCCGACAGCUUGAGAAG